AUGGACACGUCAUCCCUACUCAACGUUAAUAAUCGCUUGCUGAAAAUAUGGAAUGGGAAAAUGGAUGCUAUAUACCUUUCCAAACAUGACAAAGAUACAGAAAAUAAAGAAAAUAUAAUACUAUCUUCUAAAUUUGGCCAGCAAUAUCAAUGCCAAUUUGAUUCCUACAAUGAAAUAAGUGAGAAAGUUCGAGAAGAUGGGGUCUCCAAUUCGAAAUUAUUAAUUUCAGAUCUUCUGAAACCUCUUGAAGACAAACCAUGCCUCAUUCUGACUACAGGAUGGUGGACUUAUGAAUUUUGCUACAAGAAACAAAUUAAGCAGUAUCACAUUUCAGAUAAAAAAAUAUCCGGAGACAUAAUUAUACUUGGACAUUAUUCUGAAGAUUUUAACUGGAGUGAUGCCCAGAGUGCUCAAGCCCCAGAGGCGACGAUGCACUACCACUCCCAACAAUAUGUCAAUGGUACUGUUUGUGAUCUUACUAAAUCUCUGAGGAGAACUGAAAUCAGAUUUCGUUGCAAGGAAGGCUUGCAGGACACGUUGGACGGCGUCGAGGAGCCUCUAACAUGCACAUACAUCCUUCACGUUUCGACGAACCUCGUCUGCAGACACCCACUACUAAGAACGACGACGAACAAAAAUCUUCUGCCCAUCAUUUGCAAUCCGGUACUCAAUGAGCUGGAGUACCGGGAGUAUCUUGAGGUGCAGAAGCAACUGGAGGAGCUGGAAGCUGAAGAGUCCAAGGAGAAGUUGAAGAAAUUAGAAGGCAGAGAUCUUGAGAGGUACGGUGCUGAGGCCUUGAACAGGUUCGGUGUCAUUGAAGUGGAUGGAGCCAGCAUCAAGUUCUUCGUCCUCUCUACUGAUGGCUUCCAAAAUUUCGAUGACACUCUGAAUGACGGAAGUAAAGAUGGUGAUGAGAAAUCCGAGGCGUCGUCGUCUGCAGACAGUAAAGAACCAAUCGAUCCAACUCAACAACAACAGCAGACACAACAAUCUCUAAUAGAUAGGAAAAAAUCAGCAGUUUGGAAGUUGAAAGAGAUGAUGAGCAAGGAAUUUCAGGGCACUUUUGGAAAAAGGGAGAUAAUCACAAAAAAGGUUAACAAGGUUGCUCGGGAUGAAAUAAGGAGCAAUGGUGAUAGUGAAGGUGAUGAACAAGUAGUUCCUGCUACUGCUGAUGCGGAUGAUAAAGAUGAUGACACCAUUGUUGCUGCUACUGGAGAGGACAAACUGCAUGAUGACGUCGUGAAAGGGGAGAUAAUCACAAAAAAGGUUAACAAGGUUGCUCGGGAUGAAAUAAGGAGCAAUGGUGAUAGUGAAGGUGAUGAACAAGUAGUUCCUGCUACUGCUGAUGCGGAUGAUAAAGAUGAUGACACCAUUGUUGCUGCUACUGGAGAGGAUAGAGUAGAUGGAAAGAAGGAUGUGGAUAAAGUUAGUGAUGCUGGUAAAAAAUUCGCAAAUGGUGACGACGACGAUGAUGAUAGCAUGAUCACGUGGCAAGGUUAUGGUAACAAAGAAAUCAAAUUUAAAAAUACGAAAAUAAAUAUAAAGGCUGUUGAUCGGCAAGUUAGAGAUCUUAUGAAGAAAAAAAAUGCUGCUGCAGCUGAUGAUGAAAAUGUUGGUGGUGGUGUUCCUGCUGGUGGUGAUGAAAAAGAUGCUGAAGCCAGGUAUAAACAAUCAAUGAGUAAAAUUAACGAUGGCAGUGCUGCUGACAAAACUGAUUCAGUUGAUAAGGCUGGUAACGGUUAUGUGAUUGCUGUUGAUAGUAAUGAGGAUGACGUCAAAAGUAAAGCAACAGUAAAAACUGUUGAAGAUGAAACCGAUGAUGCCGUAGAGAAUAAGUUGGAAGCCUUCAUGAACGACAUCAGCAAUUACCUCAAUGAGCAGCUGACGAGCGUGCAGAAUAUGAUGGAUGUUGCUGAUGACGAGGUGGCCAGUCAAAUUAACGAACUGCUAAAAGUUAGGGGAGAUGGCGAGGUAGGUGAGGGCAGUGAUGUCGACAAGAAAGUUACUUCCUCUCAGGUGAAAGUGGAUUCUGCUGCUGCUGCUGAUGAUAAGGGGGAUGACAAAAGUGAUGACGGUGAUGAAAAGUCGAAAUCUACUAGUAGGAAACUCUCACACAUCCACAAGCUGAAAGCGAAGCUAAGUCAACUUAGCAAGCGCAUAUUCAACUAUUUGAAUGGUGAUGACGACGACCAAGAUGCUGACGGGUUGACGAAAUUGGUGGAGGACACCAAACUGUCAUUCUCUUUAUCAGACAGCAACAGCGAUGGUGACGAUGGUGAUGGCGUUGGUGGUAACGAGAAGAAGGUUGAUAAUAAAGCUUAUGAUGAAAAAGUUGUUGGUGACUCGCGUGUUGAGGAGGAUGGCUUGAAGAAGGUGCACUCCAGGGAUAAUGUCGCUGUAGAAGGAGCCAGUGCUGAAAAUGUUGGGUCAGGUGGUGGCGUUACAAAAGAUGCUGUCGUUGAGGAUGUUGAUACUGAGGCUGCUCGUAAUGAUGACGAGGAUAAAAGUGCUGAUGCUAGCAAGAAGUUGAAGACGAGCAUAUUUGGCAGCGGUGGCCAGAUGACAGACAGAGAGAAGUCAUUGCGCCACAUGAUCCUCACGAUCAUGAAACAAAACGAACAGAACACGAGAGAUGGUCAGAGGCAUGGAAAGAUAGAGGAGAACUAUGCUUUCGACUGGAAGGAGAGGAAGAAAAAGUUGAAUCUCAAAAAAGAUGAAUUGUGA